AUGCCCACCACAGGCUUCAAGCAACCAAAUCCAUGGGACGGCACGACAUGGCUGCAGCAGUGCGGCUUCGCAAUCCUGUUUGGGUUUACAGGAAUAGCGCUGUUGGUCAGCUGCUUGAGGAUAUAUAGUAGGGUCAGCACCAAGACGUUCGGCCUCGACGAUGUUCUGAUCAUUAUCGCCAUGGUGCUUUCGAUGGCGCACACGACAGCGUCGUAUAUGUACAUGAAAUAUGCCUACAUUGGGUACCACGUCAAGGACAUACCGUGGAAUGACCCCGAGGUGUCGCGCAUCUGGAUGUACAUCAUCAACGUGCUCUACAAUCCGAUCCUCGCCAUCGUCAAGAUGUCGGUCUUGAUAUUCCUCCUGCGACUGGGUGGCUACAAAACGGGCGUGCGCAGCACCAUCCUGGCCGUCGGUGCCGUCAACUUGUUCAUGAUGAUCGGUUGCCUCAUCGCCAUGAUCUUUCAGUGUUUCCCCUUUGAGUACAACUGGCGGCCCUGGGCCGUCCAGGGCACUUGCAUCGACCGACCAGCCUACUACGUUGCGAGGGCAGUCUUGAAUGUCGUAACAGACAUUGUGGUCUUAAUUAUGCCGAUCUGGAUCUUUUGGGACCUGAAGAUGAAUAAGAAGGUUAGGUGGGCGUUGAUAUUUGUCUUCAUGUUGGGAUUCAUAGCGACUAUCGUGGGAUGUAUACGCUUGUGGUUGCUCAUAUCGCCCUACCUAGAUCCCGUAGAAGGGGCCGACUGGUCAUUCUCGGUCGGCUUCACCAUUACUGCCAUGGAAGUAAACAUAGCUAUCUGGACAGCAUGUCUACCUGCCCUUUGGCCACUCGGACGCCAAUGGUUUCCAGGUCUAUUUUCCAAAAUUGGGCUGGACUCGCCGCACAAGGCACGAGAUGUCGAACCGCAGAUGCUGUUUCCACUAUCUGGAGGCGUUUUAAGAACCCGAGACUUCAGGAGGAGGAGCGUGACGGAUCCCGUUGCAGCAUAUCGGCAACGAUUCUUGAAGGACGGCAAACAACGUAUGAAGGUGGCGCCAUACUUGAGUGUUGAUGAUGGAGAGGAGGAAAUACAGGCUGGUACGAGUUUGACGAGUACCUCAGGCACAAUGGCUGUUUGCAGGCCAAACAGCGUAUCGGCGGCUAGGUCUUCACAUUAG